CUCUUUUCCUCCAUCCCUCUCUCUUUCUCUCUUUCUCUCUCUCUCUCUCUCUCUUUUCCUCUCUCUUUCUCUGCAAAGUGCUGCUGUUGUGAAUUAUUGAAGCGACAAACAAACCUUGUUCAUUAUUAAAUACAAUCAAAACAAAGAUACUGUGGCGAUCCCUCGGCACCCAGAGACUGAAUUGUGUUGGUUACAGACGGCGGGGGAAAAGAAGGAGUGCUGGAAAUAACGUGAAAAACGUCGCCGACCCUUACAGCACCUUGGACAGAGUUCGAGGACUUAAUUUCACAAUCAUGGCUCCAAUGGUGACGAAUGGGGCGCAAUUCGUGGAGUUGCCAGUAAGUGUUGCUGUGGUGAGUGUGUUCGGCCUGGUGUUCAGUGUGUCGGCCUUUACCUGGAUCUGCUGUCAGCGUAAAAACACCAAGUCCCAGAAGACACCUCCCUACAAGUUUGUGCACAUGCUCAAAGGGGUUGAUAUCUACCCAGAGAGCCUAAGCGGCAAGAAGAAGUUUGCCGCUCCUGCCGCCACUCUGACUAACGACCCUGGUAAAACUGACGUGAAUGGAAACUGCCACACUGCCCCCACAGUUUCCCCAACCGGUAAUGUUAAGCUGGCUUCAAGUCCAAAUGGAUCCAGACCAGCUCUACAUCUUGACCUGGAGAAAAGAGAUCUGAAUGGCAACUUCACCAUGAAACCCUCCCACCACAGCCACCACCAGAAGGUCCGCAGCUCUCCAGACCUUGAACUGCCAUCUCCCCACGCUGGGUUCACCCAGCCUGGGGCAGUGGACCGCCGUGAUCUCCCUUCACCCUCCAGUUCCCUUUCCAGCCAGGCCCCCACCCCAGCUGUAGACAAACCCCAGGCAGAGGAGAGGGAUGGGGGGCUGGGGACCCUCCAUUUCUCCCUGGAGUACCAGCCAGAGAGGAAGGCCUUUGUUGUCCACAUCAAGGAGGCCCAUGGCCUGAGCCCGACAGAUGAGCAGUCCCUGACCUCGGACCCCUACAUCAAACUGACCUUGCUGCCGGAGAAAAAGCACCGCGUCAAAACCAGAGUCCUCCGGAAGACCCUGGACCCCGCCUUUGACGAGACCUUCAGUUUCUAUGGCAUCCCAUUGGCCAGAGUGUCAGAGCUGGCCCUUCACUUUAUGGUGCUGAGCUUUGACAGGUUUUCCCGUGAUGAGGUGAUCGGAGAGACCCUCGUCCCGUUGGCAGGGAUCAACCUGUCAGAGGGUCGUGUCCUGAUGAGCCGUGAAAUAAUCAAGAGGAAUGUCAAGAAGUCUACAGGUCGUGGUGAGUUGCUGCUGUCCCUGUGCUACAAGUCCAUCACCAACACUCUGACUGUGGUGGUCCUCAAGGCCCGCCACCUGCCCAAGACCGACAAUAAUGGACCGACAGACCCUUAUGUAAAGGUGAAUCUCUACCAGGGGAAGAAGCGCGUGUGCAAGAAGAAGACCCACAUGAAGAAGUGCGCCCCCAACCCAGUGUUCAACGAGCUCUUCAUCUUCGACUUGCCCUCCAACGAGGGGCUGCGGGACACCAGUGUGGAGCUGCUGCUGAUGGACUCAGAACGGCGGGACUCGCGCAGCCCCAGCCCCGUCCUUGGGCGUCUAGUCCUGGGCACGUCCGCGGCCGGGACACCCGGUGAACACUGGAGAGAGAUCUGCGACCACCCGCGCCGCCAGAUCGCCAAGUGGCAUGCCAUGUCAGAGGAUUAGGAGGGCCACUGGUGGAUUCUGUGCAUCCAGUCUG